GGCCGCACGGACGUGUUUUUGGCGUGCUUCCGUGCGUGUUUUCCCGUGAAAAAGGGUUUGGCGAAGUUUGAAGUUGUGUGAUCCUUGGCGUUGACCAGUGAGCAGAAAGGCCAACAACUUGCUGAACUGAGCACAACAUCGAAAGUAAACAGCUGUGGUUUGACAGUUCCCCACGCGCUCUCUAUGCGUGUGCGCCGCGUGUUUGUGUAUGUUUCUGUGUGCAUGUGUGCAGCGAACAGUAUUCGGCUCCUCUAGUCAUCAAGCAACCAACGACCGACUCCGAUCGCAAAAGCGGCGCCAUCCAGCCAGUAGCCCGGAAAAACUGCACUGAACGUGUGUCUCGCUCAUGCACAAUCUCCUCACCGAACACCUCACCUCUACCUGUCACGGACCGUUAUGUUCUGCCAUUUAUCAGCGCACCAAGAUGAGGCCCGGUCCCUUUUGGUUGAAUCGAUCGACGUGAGCGAAGAACCGAGCCCUCCCGAGAGGAAAACGGUGAAGGAGGAGGACGCCUGCACGAGACUGGCACGCGGUUGACGCGGUGAGGUGCGGCCGGUGUUGGCCAUCCGACGUCCUCCAGCAAACAAGCGAUGGGUGAGGUCGGUGCCAACGCCACGGAAACGACGGCCAGCGAGCAGCUGAAGGAAAAUGGAGAGCUGAAUGGCGUUACCACACUAGCUGGAGAAGCAGCAACAGCUACAGGGACAGAUGCUGCAGCGAUAUUGCUGCAGAAGACAAAGAAAGUGGUCGAUAGCAAGGGAAUUGAAAAUGCCAGCAACGCGGACGACGAUGGUGGUGCAGAAGAAGGGAAGGAAAAGCUCGAUGGUGAUCGACAACCAAAUGACAGUGCAGUGGAGCAAACGGAGAAGGUGAAUGAUGAGGAUGGUCAAGCGGCCGAGAAGUCCUCCACGGCGACGCCAUCUAGUGAGAAGAAGGCAAAUGCAGACGACGCCGGCAACGACGAGAAUGAUGAGGACGGUUCGGCCGAUACCCAGCAGGCGAGGGGGACUACGUCACAAAAGGAAACGUCAAAGCAGACGACCAGCAAACGUCAGCGUAGCAACAGCAGAAGCAGCAGCGCGGAGAAGGACGAUACGACGAGCAAGAUCCAGAAGAAACAGCAGCAGGCUGGUGGUACUGAAAGCAGCAACGGUUCUGUGAAUGGUGACGGUGUUUCUGGUCCAUCGCAAGCCGACGAUAAGCAAGCGGACCGGCGGAGACCGGAAAAAGAAACCACAGACGGCGGUGGCGACGGUGUGAUAGAUCUCGACCUGGACGAUACCAUACCGGAAGAGGAGGAGGAAGAAGAACCGAUGGAGGUGGACGAAUCGCCAGUAAAGGAAGUGAAAACGAGCGGCGGUGGUGCGGAGGGGCAGCCGAAUGGCAAAAGCAGGGAAGAGGACCGGAACCAAUCCAAAGCGCCAGUGGUAGCAGUGGCAAGAACCAAAGAAGGUGAGAAGGAUAACGGAUCCUCGACGGUUUCCAGUACCACCGUCACCAAUGGGCACCAGAAGGCCAGCGAACCUAGCACCACCAUCACCGCCGCUAAGUCCACCGUCGAUGGUGCAAGAUCGACGGAGGAGCCUAUGGAGCAGGAUGAGGAGGAGGAUGACGAUGACAAGCCUGUGAGCAUAAACUCCGAUUCCGAUGGUGAGGAGCAACAGCAGCCGAAACCAAAAGUGAACGAGCCCGCCAAGAACGAGGAAGUGGGUAAGGGAUCGACUGGCGAAGGAGCAGGAGGAGUCUUUAAUCCUACCGCCGUCGCCGCUAACGGUGUCGUUGCUAACGCAGCCAGCCGCCAGCUACAGAAUGGUGACUGUGAUGGAGAUGUAACGAUAUUGAGUGACAAAGAGGAGGACUGUGUUGUCAUAGAGGAUGAUGAUAUGGAUGGAGAGGAUGGUGGGGCACCAGCACCACCGCCUACUGCAACGACACCACUAUCGCUCAUCGCGUCGCGGCGAAGCAAAUCGAGACGAUCAGCGAUUGCACCUCCGUCACCGGUGGUUGCCAUCACGCCAGUCGGUAUGGCAGCAGCUCAACACCAACAGCAGCACACCUCUGGCCACCACCAUGCGUCGACGGAUGAUGAGGAUGAUGACGAUAUACAGGAAAUCAUAGAGGAUCCCCUUUCCACCUCCAUCCCAAUGGCACACUCGCGCGGCUCAGGAUCACUCACCAUGGGCAGUCCCAUUGGGUCGGCCGGUGGUUUUACCGCAGCCGGUGCCUACAAACCCCAAAAGUCCCUACUGAUGAACAGUACAGGCAAAGAUCAGCCCCCGAAGUUGCUUCUCAUUGACACCAUGGAUGGUGGGCUGGCCGCUGCUGGUCGAGCAUCGGUCGGUGGCCUGACCGGCAACAGUGUAUCGUUGCUAGCUGGCUCGAAAACGCACAACAGCUCACUGAGUGGUGGUUCCAUGGCAACUGUUGGCAUGUCGACAGUCGGUCAGAAUGUUCCCUUCAACGCAACAACCUUGGGCAAUUCUCGCAGCUUGUUGAACAG